AUGCCAGCUCCUCCGUCCAGGACAGGAAAGAGGCCGCCCAUGCUGGCAGGUGCAAGAGAGUACCAGCAGCCCGACCAGGGUGCUAUUUGUGGUGCUAUUCAAUGUCCCAUAGGAUCAAGUCCAAAAUAUAAAGAUUUGCAGAGUUUUCAUGAGUCGGAGAACUGUUCAAGCUCAUAUGUUGUGGACAGAACCUCUGACUUCACCAGAGUUUUGUCCAAGACAGGGAGUCACUUGUGUUCCAUGGUGAUGUAUUUUUUUGUUACGUCUAGAUGGUAUCGAGGUAAAAUCACUGCAGUCGAGGACCAGGGGUUUAGAGUGGAUUUUUUUGACUAUGGUGACAAGGAAGUUGUCGAUCUGGACAAGGUGAAACCGUUGCCUGAGGAGUACUCCAAGUUGCCCUGUCAAGCCAUCGAAUGCAAGCUGCAUGGGCUCAAGCCUGUAGGUGAUUUAUGGAAGGAUGAAGCAGGAAAUGCAUUAUGGGACAUGGCACAGUUUCUGACGGAUGAGAAAUGUUUGGUUGCCAAGGUGAUCUCGGAACAGCCAUCCUCCCUCUCCGACUCACAGACGUACACGAUAUUGCUCUAUGACACGACAUCUCACGAUGACCUGUCUCUCGCACAGGAACUCGUGUGGAAGGGAUACGCAAACUGUGAUACUGCUGGGGACCUGAAGGAUCUGUUCAGCAGGCCAUUACUCACCAGAAAGGUUUAUCCAACACCUGUCCACAAAAUAAAGGAUAUCUGUUCUCUCAUUUAUUGGUCUCAGGUUGACAACCCUGAUCUUGCUGUGAGUAAAAGUGCAGAAGUUCAGUGCAUAAUCUCGGAGAAUGUUCGGUCUCCCAGGUUUGAAGAGGUCCUUCUGGAAAGCAGGUCAGUCCGUGAUCUCUGUUGUUUGAUUGGCUAUUUGACUAACGAGCAGGCUCACGACCACAUCCUGCACAGUGUUACACAGAUAAUUCUUCACUCCGAAAGUAUCUGUAAGGCUUGUCUAGCAGAGGGAAUAUGCAUGUCACUACUUCGUUGUAUUGGACAGGGAAUGAUUCCUCAAAUUCAGCAACAAGCCUGUCAUGCUCUCUGUGAAAUGAUAGUUAAUGAAAGCUUCAGAACCGCUUUGGCAGAAUCAAAUCCAAUAUCGACAUUGUUUGAUUACCUAAAAACCAUAGAUGAUGAACAGCUCCAGUGUUGUGUAUUCCAGUUGUUGUCUGCUUUGCUGCAAGGAUCAGAAAGCUGUCAUUCUCAGGUAACACGAGAAGCUGUCCUGAAGGGUGUCAUCAACAGCAUGAGUAACUCUAACUGCGAUAAGUGUAUUUACCAAUGCGCUCUGUUUUGUCAGUUCUUGUCACAAGCAAGUCGCAAGAACAAAACUCUUCUCCUUGAACACAAGGUGGUGGUUGUAUUAAACAGUCUACUCAACCAGUCUCUGGACUCAAAGACUCGUGGUCUUUGUCAAGCGCUCGAGUCAUCUCUAACGAUCCGGUUACCAGAGCAGCAUGUUAUUAUGAAUCAACGUUGUGUGGAUACAGGCAGUACCAGAUCCACACCCGCUGUGACAUGGGUUCAGGAUACUUUUAAAAUUGUCCUGGCUGUCAAGGUCAGUGGAGCUAAGAAGGAAGACUUCAAUGUGAAAGAAAACUCUGUUCACUUCAGAAGAACUUCGAAUGGAAUUAAUCAACAGUUUGACUACAAACUCUUUGGUGAGAUUUUACCACAAAAGACAGGAAUUUCAGUUCGCCCCAGUGAAGUUCUUCUUUCUCUGAGAAAGGUUGAAAAGGGAAAAUGGAGCAGACUGACCAAAGAUAAACAGAAGCUUUCCAGUCUUACGGUGGACUUUGAAAAGAUGGCCACGAGUUCCGACAGUGAAGUGUCUGAGGAGGAGGAUCCCUUCAUUCUGGUUAAAGGUGUCCGUGCUCCACAAAAAGUGCAGGCUUUAGUAUAUGUCAACGUAACAAUCCACUGUUUAAUAACAACUUGA